AUGCUGUACAAAUCAUCUGUGAGGCCUUUGAAGAUGGCUGUGGCUAAUUUGCUUACACUGUUUUUGCUAAUUGAGGUGUUCGCACACGGCUUCAGAUUUGGAACAGAUGGCUUAAACAUGAACUACUACUACUUGAUGAAUUGUCCUUUUGUUGAACCUGUUGUUAAGAACAUAGUCAAUAGAGCUUUGCAGGAUGAUCCCACCCUAGCUGCUGGUCUUAUUAGAAUGCAUUUCCAUGACUGCUUCAUUGAGGGAUGUGAUGGAUCAAUUCUGAUAGAUUCCACAAAGAGUAAUACAGCAGAAAAGGAUUCACCAGCAAAUUUGAGCCUGAGAGGCUACGAAGUCAUAGAUGAAAUCAAAGAAGAGCUUGAAAGCCAAUGCCCUGGCGUGGUUUCAUGUGCUGAUAUUCUAGCUAUGGCUGCUAGAGACGCAGUUUUCUUCGCUGGAGGGCCAGUGUAUGACAUACCUAAAGGAAGAAAAGAUGGAAAAAGGUCCAAAAUUGAGGAUACUAUCAAUUUGCCAUUCCCUACCUUUAAUGCCUCUGAGCUUAUUAAAUUGUUUGGACAACAUGGUUUUUCUGCACAAGAGAUGGUGGCUCUCUCUGGGGCUCAUACACUAGGAGUGGCAAGGUGUGCUUCUUUCAAGAACCGAUUGAGCCAAGUGGACCCCACUUUGGAUACAGAAUUUGCCAAGACACUGUCGAGAACAUGCAGUUCUGGCGACAACGCAGAGCAGCCAUUCGAUGCGACGAGGAACGAUUUUGACAACGUUUACUACAAUGCUUUGUUGAGGAAAAAUGGGGUUCUUACAUCAGACCAAACACUAUACACUAGCCCCAAAACCAGGAACUUUGUGAAUGCUUAUGCAUUGAACCAAGCCAUGUUCUUCCUUGACUUCCAACAAGCAAUGGUGAAGAUGGGCCUCCUUGAUAUCAAAGACAGUUCCAAAGGGGAAGUACGAGAAAAUUGUCGCAGAAUCAAUUGA